GGUGGGGGGGGAGGCGUGUCUGCGCGCGCCACCGGAAGCGAAGAUGGCGGCGGCGUCGUCCGAGCUGCUGACGGGCUGGUGCCUCUUCGGCCUGGCGCUGCUGGCUAUUCUAAUUUUCUCCUGGGUUUAUGUGCGCAAGUAUCAGAGUCGUCGGGAAAGCGAAGUGAUUUCUACCAUAACAGCGAUCUUUGCACUGGCAGUUGCUCUUAUCUCAUCAGCGCUGCUACCAGUGGACAUCUUCUUGGUUUCAUACAUGAAAAAUCCAAAUGGCACGUUUAAGGACUGGGCUGAUGCUAAUGUUUCAAGACAAAUAGAAGACACCGUACUUUAUGGGUACUACACUUUGUACUCGAUCAUACUGUUCUGCGUCUUUCUGUGGAUUCCUUUUGUCUAUUUCUAUUAUGAGGAGAAGGAAGAAGAUGAUGGCAACACAUGUUCGCACAUUAAAACUGCAUUCAAGUAUACUCUGGGAUUCAUCACAGUUUGUGCAGUUCUCCUCUUAAUUGGUGCUUUUGUUCCUUUGGAUAUUCCUGACAAGAAGAAUUCCACAGAGUGGGAGAAAGUGAAGCUCCUGUUUGAAGAAUUUGGAAGUAGUCAUGGCUUGACUGCCCUUUCAUUUUCUAUUAGUUCCUUGACUGUGAUUGGAAUGUUGGCAGCUAUCACUUACACAGCUUAUGGCAUGUCAGCCUUGCCCCUAAACUUAAUUAAGGGAACUACUAGUGCAGCUUAUGAACGUUUGGAGAACACUGAAGAUAUUGAAGAAGUGGAACAACAUUUAUUAAGAAUUAAAUCAAAGUGCAGAGAUGGUCGGCCUCUGUCAUCACGAGAUCGACGGACAGUACAACAACUAGAAGAGAAACUAAGGACACUUCGAAGAAGAGAGAGACAUCUAGAGUCUAUUGAGAAAAGCUGGUGGACAAAGUUCUGUGAAGCUAUCCGACCUCUAAAGAUUGUGUGGGGAGUAUUCUUCAUCAUUGUGGCACUGCUCUUCACUGUCUCUCUGUUCUUGUCAAAUUUGGACAAAGCUCUCCAUUCAGCUGGCUUCGACUCAGGAUUUAUAAUUUUAGGAACUAAUCUGACCAAUCCAUUGAAUAUGCUGUUACCUGUUCUUCAAACAGUUUUUCCACUCGAUUAUAUUCUUAUUACAACUAUUGUUAUGUACUUUAUCUUCACUUCAAUGGCAGGGAUUCGAAAUAUGGGUAUAUGGUUCUUCUGGAUAAGGCUUUAUAAAAUCAGACGAGGGAAAACUCGACCUCAAGCACUCUUGUUUCUCUGCAUGAUACUUCUGUUGAUAGUUCUUCAUACAAGUUACAUGAUCUACAGUCUCGCUCCUCAGUAUGUAAUGUACGGAAGCCAAAAAUACCUGGUACAGAGUAAUAAGACAAUUGAUGGCCAGCCAAGGAAUGUGACAUUUGUAUCUAAAGACUGUGAUGCAGAUGCACCUGAAGAUCAGUGUACUGUUACUCGGACGUACCUCUUUCUUCAUAAAUUUUGGUUCUUCAGUGCUGCCUAUUACUUUGGGAACUGGGCAUUCAUUGCAGUCUUUUUAAUUGGAUUAAUUGUUUCAUGCUGCAAAGGCAAGAAAUCAGUCAUUGAAGGUGAAGUGGAUGAAGAUGAUUCAGACAUGAGUGAUGAUGAACUUUCUGUUUAUUACCCUCGGUAGUCUUUUGACUUCAAAAUGGAAAAAUGUAAUUUGAAGUUAUGUUGGAAGUCAUACCUAUGUGGAAUUCGUAUCCAAAUAAGCAUCUUUGCACCUGUAAAAAUAGAGGAAAUAAGUGUACUCACUUAAAGGGGUAAAAAACUGAAUAUCACUUUGAGUAUCACUGUUAUAUCAGAACAAAUAUUGAAGCCAGGUCUGAAUCAUAUGAAGAAAAUAUUGUUUUGUGAUUAAAUGUGUAUGUAAGUUUCUGAUGUAUAAUUUGAUGAACUACUGUCGCUAUUUCAUAAUUGAUGAUGAUAUUUCUGUUAACUUGUUUUCUUAAAUACUUUCAUGCCUGACUUGUAGAACUUCUCAUUCAAGCACAUAAAUAAAACUAGCUAAAAUCUUGUAAAACAGCUGGUGCAAACAUUGCUAGAAAGAUUUGGGUGAGGUUUAGACUUUCAGAAUCACAUGACUUGCAUCAGUUUUGCUGGCAUUUCUGGGAUUCUCAUAUAAAACUAUAGCCAACAAGAGACUGUCCUUUUAAGUAUGCCAAAAUCAUCCACUGAAGUGUUGAGUUCCUCAUCUGUGAAGAAUAAGUAAUUUUCAUACUCUUAUCCCCACUGAGUUACCAUGAGACUUCUCAGGUAACUAUGAGGUGGCUUUUGCGCUUUCAAAGGAAAUCACUGGUGUAAAUGAAUACAGUCAGUAUUGUUGCAGUGUUUUACUACAGUUCAGUUCUGAACCGGCAGGUGCCUGACUUAAUAAUAACAAAUGGAAUUAAGAUGUGAUUAAUUUUUAACUUGUUUUUCUCUUUGUUGCAAAUUGUCUAAUUUGAAGUUUUCUUUCAAAAGUUAGUGUAAAUGUCGUCAAGUUGUUUAACAAGCUGGGAUCUUUGUAUAAAUACAGUUCAUAACUAUUUUUGUCAUUCUUGUUGUCUUUGCAAAGUAACGUUAUUUUAACUAUAUAGUUACUGAGCUAUAUUUGUGAGGCUGAAAAACGUCUUCAGACAUCCUUCAACAUGCUUUGAAUGUUUGCAAGUACACGCUUUUAAACUUCUAUUGCUAUCUGAAGUGAGUCACAUACAUGCAAGCACAUGGAAAUGUAACCUAGGUAAUCAUUUUAUAAGACUAAUUGUUAAAUAAUUAUAGAAAUGUGAGGGAAUUAUUAAUAUUAUAUCCUGCUACAUGUUUGCAAACUCUUAGAACUGACAGAUUUCUGUUCAGUUAUUUCAAAAGCAGUCUCCUGCUUCUCACAGUAUUUUGGAACAGCAGGCUCUCAGGAACUUCUGAAUUCUGAUUUUAUUUUCAGUAUUUCAAGAAGUCUUAGGCAGGUUGCUUAGUUAAUGCAUGAACAUCGGGAACUCAUAUGUGGACUCUUAACAGGAACAAAGAAACCUGAAGUAUUAACAAACCUUCUGUGCCAAGUGCUUCAAUAAUAUAUAUGUGUAUUUGGCAGACUGGAAGAAUGUCUGAUCUUCUAGCUUGAUCAUAAGAUGCAAAUAUGCAGUCAUGUCUGCUGAGUUAAUAACAAUCAGUCUGUUUGCUACCAGUGAUGCAUUUGAAAGGACAGGAAUGUAAUGAAACACUGUCAGUAGGUGCUGAAACUGAACUAGGCAGCCUGAGCUCAGCUAGACUUAGCUGAACACUACUUAAACAUGACCAUUGGAGAAACUUGCAAGGAAUUCUUUAUAAGAAAUUCAGGUAACUCAAAUGGAGGGUGGAACCUGACGUUGAUCAUCUGGAAGCUGCAUCCAGAGGAUAUCAAUAAGUUGGAGAAUACAUCUUUGUGGACGCCCUGGUGGAAAACUUACAUGAGCUAAUUUAAAUAAAGGUUACUGUUCAGGUAUUUGUGGGUUUUGCUUAUGUUUCAUCUUCCUUGAUGCAAUAAUAAUAUCUCUUCCUUCUUUGGCUAUAUCAUGUACAGAUUUGAUAAUCUUUCUGGGUGUAAGAUGGAGCUGCAGUACUCAGCUUGGAGGAGUUGUUUUUAUUCUAUCUUAACUUCUCAUUAGGGAGAUGGUUGCUUGUCUGGGGAAGAUUGACAGGAAGGUGAUUUCACGUCAUGUAGCUGCUGGCGUGUUGCAUGCAGGCUUAGGGGUCAAUGGCCAAGGUACCUGGCCAGUCCCUAGGUAUAUGUUGUUAAGUCUGUCCUGUUUCCAGGCUUUUCUUCAUUUUGAAACACUUCCAGUCCAGUUUUGUUUCCUGUCUAAAUAGUCUACAUGCACUAAUACAUUUAUCUGCUUUUGAAUUGGUGGCUUUGUCUCUUUGUGGCUUUGUCUCUUUAAUGGGAGGAUUUAGUAAUUACCGCUGUUUAAUUCAGGUGUUAACCAGAUUUAUAACCAACCAAUAGUUGCAGAUAGCAAGAAGCAAGCUUCUGCAGAGUUCAAAAGUCGUUUCAGGCAUUUGCUGUCACUCUGAUGCACAAGCAGUAAGUAACUGUCAGUGUUUAUAAUGAGAGUUAUUCUUCACCUGCCACAUCCUCACUGAAGUUUCUCAGGAGUUCAAUGAGCCAUUUGACUGACAAGCUUUUAAAAGAUUUUUGUGUGCAACAAUGUAAUUGUAAUGAGUGUACACUGAGGAAUUCAUCUCUCAUCAACGCUUCAUGUGAUGGAAAGCGCACUUUUAACUGUACUGUGCCUUUAAGAUGAACUAGAGGUGUUCUUGAAGUUUAAUAUGUCAACUCACCAACUGAAUUUGUACAUCCAGUAUCACUCAGUGAAGAAAACUAGCAAUGUAACUGGAAACUUAAGAUAGCCAUACCAUAAAAUACUUGGAUUUGAUCAAUACUUGCUGGAACUUUAAGAAACACAACUUCCAGUGUAUUAUUUCCUGUUUCUCUCUUGUGCUAUUGUGAGUAAAACAAUUUCCACAAAGUUAUCCUUGCUUAUGGCAGCACUUGUAGUAUGACUGAAAUAGUUCACUCAUUUAGCUGUUGGGUAUGGAGUUUUCUACACAUUUUUGUGCAAAUUUUGAGAUUUCCAGUUGUGUUACAAUACAGUAUUCUACCUUGUAAGCAACAUCUUCAACUAAGUCUUCAGAGAUCUCAGCUUUCUGGACUAAAAUCACUUAAGACAUCAGAAUUGUUUUGCUGCUUUAGUUGAUAUUCCAAAUCAGUCUAUAGUGUGAGCUUUCCAAACUGUAGUGAUAUCAUCAGAUAUGACUUCAGUUAGUUUUGUUUGGUUUUGUACCUUUCUAGUCAGCUAUUACCGUGUUGUUGGCUCAUGAAUAUUUAGAAACUAGUGAGCAACACAUCUUGCUGGCACAUCAAGCAUAAACUGAUCACCAGGAAUAAGUUUAAUAGACUUCAGCAGUGAUCCAUGCCAAAUAGGUCUUCAUCUUCCUGCUUAUCUAGUAGGGAUCAGUUGGUUUUCUCUAGUUACAAAUCAUAAAUAUAAUAAAGCCUAUAAUAGUCUCUUUUGUUUCUUAGCUGAAAGCUGAUGGUAUCCUGCAGAUUUCCUGCUGAUUGUCAGAAACAUGUGAAAGCCUUUCCCAGUAAAGACUGCGAGGAAACAUCUGUUACUUCUUUGUAUUUUUUCUGCUUUGACUUUAGGGGAAGAUUUCAGGGUGGUCUUGAGAUGUUGCACUGAAAAUAGUAAUCUUUUAGGUACAGUGUACCUAUACCGGAGUCCUGCCACAUAAAAUGGUAAUUUCACGCUCAGGUAAUGGGACAGUUUAUGCUAAAAACUAAUGAAUUCUUUCAAUGCUGGUAUUUUGCUUCUGAAUAAUCAUUGUAGGCAUAACUCUACAGAUUCUUUGAGAUGUCAUCUACUGCUUAGAAAUUCUAUUUUUUGGGUCAUAGCUCUUCUGUUAUUUGACCUUUUCAACAAGAGUUCCUCAAUUGGACGCUGGUCUAAAACAGUAUUUUGAAAAACAUUAAACCACAAUUUCAACAAGAGGUCGUCGUAAAAUACUGGUAACUGCUGGUGUGCAUAGCAGAGGUAGAUUGAAGUGUUAGAGAAAACUGAUUAAUUGUAGAAGGUAACUCCUCUCCAUGCAAGUAUGUAGGUACUCAGCCCAUUAUGGCAACACUGAAAGAGUUCUGGGUAUGGAUAGGGAAAUAAAGCACUGCUUGUGACAUUAAGCAAAGGAAAAAGAUCCAUCCCUUUCUAAAAUUAUCUAAAAUAAUUUUAAGUACUCAAGCUGUAAUAUUUCUUUCAGGCUUUUAGGUUGAGGAUUGCAGUGCAUAUUGAUAAUACAUCUUAUAUUAGUGUAGGUCUGUUCUCUUGCUGCCUUCUGCAAAUUCAGCUUGAUUACAGAUAAGGCUGAGAAUCUUUUUUUUUUUUUCCCUGUGACUGUGUAUUUUGACUAUACUUAUCAAAAUAAGUACAAGCCUUUUUUUGUUGUUUGUGGCAACGUAUUGUUUUCUGUUAAUAGCCCAAAUUUUAAAACAAAUACUGCUUCUGAGUUAAGAUACUUGCAAAUUCUGGAUAAUCACAUUAAUCAAAUUCCAGUGGUCUUCACCAGCUUUAGUGAGAUGUGAUUGUUACAGAAAUUAUCUGGAUGUUAGACUAAUUUUAAUAUCCUAUUCAGAGAGAUUGCUAUAAGAGACUGAUAGCUAUAAAUUUGAUUGAAGUGCUAUAAAGAGGAUUAUUUCUUUGAAAUAAACACAUAAUUUAAGCCCAUUUAACAGCCAUAAUAUAGCUUUUUGUCCAGAUUUACCCCUAGGAAAACACUGAUGCAUUCACUGGGUCGGACAGAAGAAUUUUGGUUUCUGGAGGGCUCAUCUUAGACCUAAGCCACACAGACUUAAGUUUCCUGAUCUUCCUCUCUUCACCACCCAUAAGGAUAUGUGGGGCCUUUCCUGCUAACAGCUUAUUGAGUCUUAACUUUGUUUGUCACAAAUAUUUGCUUUUUUCCUCAGAGAAAACAAGCAGAUGGCACGUAAAACGUACAACUUAAUUGUUUUACAUGUGUAAUUUUGAAGAAAGAUUAUGAACGCACAACCAUUCAGGUUGAAGAAGAGCUUUAAGAUCAUCAAGUCAAACCAUAAACCUAACACUGCCAAGUUCAUAAUAAACCAUGUCCCUAAGUGCCCCAUCUGCAUGUGUUUUAAAUACCUCCAGGUAUGGUGACUCAACGAAUUCCCUGGGCAGCCUCUGCCAGUGCUUGACAACCCUUCGGUGAAGACAUUUUUCCUAAUAUCAAGUCUACAACUCCCAUGGUGCAACGUGAGGCCAUUUCCUCUUGUAAUAUCCCUAAUGAUGUCCAAAUCCUUAUUGUGAGAAUCCAAAUAUCAUGCAUAGAGAUAAAGACUAAGGACAUUCAAAGCAAAUGUGGAGAUGAGCAUGUGUGUAGUUCCUACUGAAAUUCAAGUCUAGAUAUGGGGCUUUUUGCCAAAACAUAUUGAACUUCUUGUGAGGAAGUAAAAUACAAACCGGCUUAAUAGCACAUCUGCUUUUGCUGAGGUCCUUAAAUAUAAAUCAUGAUGUGACUGUGAGCUAUACAGAGUUUGAAAGUUCUCCCACAUGUAUUAAAUGUAUCACUUCAACUGAGUACUUCAGAGUUGAGAUAGCAAGAAGCACUUCUAAUAAUGUGAACACCUAUGGUAUUUUCCCCAUAUACACACCUUGCAACCUAUGGUCUUAUUACUGUAUUAGGCACUUAAAGGAAUGUCCUGGGACUGAAAUGUUUGAUUCUGACAUUUAAUGUGUAUUUUGCAGAUGCUACUUGCCACCUAAACUUGGAAUCAUAACAUCAUUUAGGUUGGAAAAGACCUUUAAGAUUGAGUCCAACCAUAAACCUAACACUAUUAAGUCCAGUGCUAAACUAUGUCCCUAAGCGCCACGUCUACACAUCUUUAUGCUUGUCAGCGUUGCACUUAUUCUUUUCUAAACCUUAAAGUUAGAGCAGUGCAAAUCUGUGUUCUUAUUGCCUGCUGCAUCCUUAUUGCCUGCUGACUUUACAUCUUUUUCAAAUAGAUAUGAUCAAAAUGCUGACACCAGAUGUAUCUGAGUGGUAUACAGUAUUUUUUUGGAAUAGUCCAGUAGAGGAAAUUUAUAUUUAUUGUAAAGAAAAGUGCAUUUCUGUGUUUUGAGGUGCGUAUUUGAACCUGAAAGUUAAAUUGUUAACAAUGGACAUAUCUUUCUAGUGCAAAGAGGAAAAAAAAUGUUAUUGCAAAAUAUGAACUCCAGAGGAAUCCUUAUUUUCCUGCCUGUAAAGCAGGUAUUAUUUCAGGAACUGAUCUUAAAGAAAUAAUGAUAAUGUUAUUAAUAACCUUGACUAGAAAAAUAUGCCCGUUGACUCAUGCAGACAUGGAUAACAGGAUUAUUUUAGGAUAGGUUUUUAACAAAUGAGGGGUGCAGCUCUUACUGAA